AUGGAAAUGCGGAUGUUAAGGUGGACAAUAGGUGUAACGCUAAAAGAGAAAGUAUCCAACGACACUGUGCGCUCCAUCUUCGGCGUCGUCCCGAUAACUGAGAAGAUGAAGGAGGCCCGACUGAGAUGGUUCGGUCACGUCUUGCGGCGAGAGGAAGAUUCUGUGGCCCAAACCGCACUGAAGCUCGACGUUUCAGGAGUGAGGCCGCGUGGGAGGCCAAAGAUUCGCUGGUUAGACCGUGUCAAGCUGGAUAUGAUAGAUGCACAUUUGUGUACAGCUGAUCAAUGGAUAGAACCAAAUGGAAGACAAGAAGCAGAAAAGCGGACACUGCAACAAUGCUGGACAAACGCUAGGAAGAAAAGAAGAAGAAGAAGAGGUUUGGUGCGCUGGAACGCGGCAAAAGUAGGUGAGACGGGCGCUAUGACGUCGAAUUCGUACCCCGAAGCCAGACAGCUGUAA